UGGGGAUACAUGUGUUCCUGUGUGUUGUUCAGCAUACCGACCCACCGGUUUAAUUAAGCGCUGGCAUUUCUAACCUAAUUUGUCAAACCAGGACCUCAGGCUUCUGUUGGGUCUACAGGUCAAUGACCCUGAACCACGCAGGCCACCCUUGAAAGGACCUCGGUGCUGUUAACAUUGUGUUGAGGUCAUUGGUGGAUAAGGAAGGAGGAAGGACACUGUAAAUUCAAACAGCAGAGGGAGUGACCCAACAGUCUUAAACCACUCACCCUUACUGGGCUGCAGGCGUCCACACACUCCACCUGAUCUGACUCGGUGUGCCGCCUGAGAGGCAACAGACUUCCCUGUGAGCCUAGAAGACGACGCUAAAGCUGUGAGCCAAGUGAUCGACAGGACCAACAGACAUGGGGAAGCAGAACAGCAAGCUCCGUCCUGAGGUGAUGCAGGACCUGCUGGAGAGUACCGACUUCACCGAGCACGAGAUCCAGGAGUGGUACAAGGGCUUUCUGAGGGACUGCCCAAGCGGGAACCUGUCCAUGGAGGAGUUCAAGAAGAUCUACGGUAACUUCUUUCCCUACGGAGACGCGUCAAAGUUUGCCGAACACGUCUUCCGCACAUUCGAUGCGAACGGUGACGGGACAAUAGACUUCCGGGAGUUUAUCAUCGCACUAAGUGUGACGUCACGCGGGAAGCUGGAGCAGAAGUUGAAAUGGGCCUUCAGUAUGUACGACCUGGACGGAAACGGGUACAUCAGUAAAUCUGAGAUGCUGGAGAUUGUACAGGCAAUCUAUAAGAUGGUGUCCUCCGUGAUGAAGAUGCCUGAGGACGAGUCGACACCCGAGAAGAGGACAGAGAAGAUUUUCAGGCAGAUGGACACCAACAGAGACGGUAAACUGUCCCUGGAGGAGUUCAUCAAAGGAGCGAAGAGCGACCCCUCCAUCGUCCGCCUGUUGCAGUGCGACCCCAGCAGCGCUGGACAGUUUUAAACCUGAGGCAUCAACACAACUUUGCUUCUUUCGGGUGACUCUUAAUGCCCUUAACUCUCCACUAUGGAGCAGACUGAUGAUGAAGAAUGACAAGCUGAUGACGAUGAAGAAGACAGGCCUUCAAUAUGCACUGAGGACUUCAAAGGAUGGGCACAGGAGCCACAUUCUCCAGUUUUAACAAAAACCUUCCAAAAAAAGAAAACCCCUGCAGAGACUUAACCUGAAGACUUUCCCAAACCUUUAUCAGGUUAUCAAAUCCCUCCCCUCUCCUCCCCUCCACUGAUUGUGUAAUUGACCAGGAUCCCUCAGUCCUCCUAUAAGCAUGUCAGAGCAUAAAGAAAUGUCUACCGUAGGUUGUAUAUACAGUAUAAACUGGAGUGUCUGUAUCAGUGUCUUUGCUUGGCUCUCUGUGCCCUUUCCAGGCUCCAGCCCGGGGCGACACUGAGCCUCUAUCACUCUAAUGUGUGUCAUAGACAAGAGUGUGUGCAUGAGACAACAAGAAAGAGAGAGAGAGGGAGGGAGAGAGAGAGAUGAUAUGUUUAAUUAAAGGACAAUACUGUAGGUGAGAUUAUUUAAUCUGCAGAGAGGACUGGUGAAGUUUGUCCUUCACUCAGAAUGAGUACUUUUAGUACUUUUACUUUCAUCUUUUUUCUACUGUGAGAAUGUGUACAUGUGUUUGUGUAUUUUUUGCAAACUCAGUAGAUUUUGUUUUAUAAUUUGUGCUUUGUGCAUAGAGCUGCCGCGGUGUUGAUUUUUAUUCUUACUGCAAAAAUUAGCAAAACCAUUCAAACUAUUGCGGUAACCACCAUAAAAAAUAAGUUCAACCUCAGAUGUUAUAUAAUAAUAUGUUCCUAAAUACCGUAUUGGCCUGAAUAUAAGAUACCCCUGAUUAUAAGAUGACCCCCGCUUUUCCAACAGCUUUAUUUGGAAAAAGACUUUUUGAAUAUAACUUCCAUUAUAGUUACAUACUCACACCCACUCCUACCAGGCUCUUAGAAGGAGUCAGAAAUGAUUUUCUCCAGCAGUUAGCAUUUAUAAAACUGUCUGUUUGUGUUUUUGAGCUCCUUAUCAUCUGUGACAGUGGUAUUUGGCAGCUCGACAUGUUCCGUUUCUGCAGUAGAGAUGUUGGAAGACGCUUUGGGCUCGUUUUCACUUGUCAUGAAUUUAUGAAAAACGAGUUACACGAUCCCUCAGAAACUCCUGCAGGUUAAACUUGACUAAACAGACUCUUAACACUCAACAUAAACAGACACAAAACACUCACUAGCCUAGCAACAUUAAGGCUACAAACAACCCAUAAUACAACAAUCCAUGUAGGAGUUGGUUUUACAUCGCUACUUUCUCCACUCUAUGACCCCUAACAUAAAACAACAUCACUUUUUCGUAUGUAUUUCUAGGGAAUAAACAUCUUAUAUUGAGACCAUUACGGUAAACUUAUUUUAAUGCAUUUUAUUCCUGUAGUAAUCUUUUAUUUAUAGCCUCUUAAAUCUAAUUACAGUAACCGCGGCAGCUCUGCUGGGGCAACAAGAACAUGUAAUGUUAUGCUACUAUGCAUAUGCAUCCUAACCAGUAGUUCUGAUUUUGUGAAGUCUCACUGAUGUAAUGAAGCAUCCCUUUAUUCAUCAUCUGUUCCAGUGGUUUUUCAUAUCAGCAGGAAUCUGACGGAGAGAGAGAGAGAGAGAGAGAGAAAGAGAGAGAGUUUCGAGCGGCAGGCAGGCAGGCAUUGUAACGACUGCACUAGAUUAAAGGAAACAUAGAGAACUAGUCUUUAAAGUAUGAGUACAGUGUAGAUAUGUUCACCUCAAUUUGUAAAGCAAACUCAGAUAGUCCAGAACGCUCGGUUUUCAACUUUCAGAACAAAUGUUGUGAAAUAAUGAAAUAGUUUUGUUUAUUUAAGCAGGAUAUCAAGCAUGCAAAACCAGUUUCCUUCUUUUUAACAUUUACUAUGUGGAGAACAGAGACGCGCUUCUUCACCUUCACUUUUCGAUGUUUUUUAAAGUGCCGCAUGUUAAAUCAGUGGUUGAACAGUGGAGUAAAGGGGUGAGGGGGGGGGGGGGGGUGUAUAGACUAAAUAACACAGUAUGCAUGUGACUUGUGCGCAUGUGUGUUUAACUAUGUUUGUGGAUACCAUCCGGCUCUCUGCUGGCUUCUGUAUGUUAGUAUUGUCACAGCUCGUACUAGCAGUAGUCGGUGUUAUCGACAGCAAAUGGACUGCCAAAGCUGACGUAGCUAAUGGUUUAUAAAGAUAAUGUCAUGGAGGCAAAGCAAGCAGGAGCAGAGGCAAUCUUUACACUCACUGUUUGUUAGGGUCAGAGCUGAGAGCUUCUUUUUCUGUUUCAGAUGAGCUUAAUAUUUCAAAUGAUGGUUUUAAUUCAUCUUAAACAGGACUCAACACAAAAAGGACUUAAGCAGGAGUCCCUAUUCUGAGUAUGAUGUCAAUUCAAUUGUAAAAAUGUAGUUAAAGUAAGUAAAACGUAACAUUCAGAUUAAGUGUAGGCAUCCAGAAUACAUCGUAACUCUGACACUGACAUGAAAACACCUUCACUCAGCUGACACAGAAAACUCAAAGUAAAAGAAGCUCUUGCCCCUUUAAUCGUAUUUAGGAGGUUCUACCAAGUUGAGUGCCCCAACCCCCCCCCCCCCCCCCCUCCCCCUUCCCUGAAUGUAAUCGAGCCCUCCACCGAGGGUUGAGCAAGCCGUUUCAGUUAUUGCAUUGUUUUCCAAUUAGAAAAAAAAGCUUUGAAUGUUUUAUUAAAUAACUGCUGUUUUUUGUUUUUUUUGUAAACAGAAAAAGAAAAAGAAAAAGAUGCAGACAAAGAAAAACCGAGAAUCACAACUACUGCAAUGAUACUGUCACAAUGUGUUGCUUUUAUUGUAUUUUUAUGAUUUUUCUUUCCUUUUUUUUUUUAAAAAAAACCCCAAAAAGCUAAAGCAAAAAAAAAAAAAAAAAAGCUGCAUCAGGUGUAACAUUUCUGUUAAACACAAAAAUAGCAUCUUGUGGUCAAGUGCCAAAUGAAAACAAAAACAGUAUUGUAUAAAUUUAUACUGUAAAAUUGUUAUCUGUUGAACAAACUGUUUGUAAUUGUUGCAUUUUGUAGGUUUUGUAUGGUAUCCUGUAUUUAGUGACUGCAGUUUUGGAACACAGGAUUCUGUUUUUCGGUCAAAUUUAAAAGGCAAGAAUUAAAUUUACAAUUUAUUGUGUGCAAGCAUG